AUGAGUAAUGUUCCACUCAGAUUUGUACCUAUGAGAAAUAUUCAUGAAAAUCUAAUAUCUCCUGGUGAAGAUUCCCAGGAAACAAAUUUGAUUAAUCCUGAUGAUGAUAAGGAUGUGGCAGACAUUUUAUACGAUAUGUUGGCAAAGCCUCAAAUGCAUAAGGAGAAUGAUGAUUUUCAUGAAGAUGUUGAGGUUGAUACAACUAUAGCUAAUGAUGAUCAUGCAUUAGAAGAUGUGAAGACACUUGGUAAAGGUGUGAAUGAAAUAAUUUAUACUACUAAUGGCAAGAAGAAUAGAUUGAUUUCAAAGAACACACAAUUAAGAACCUCUAUGAUAUAUGCUGAUGAAGAUGAAAGUUUCUAUGAUCUUAUUGCCCAUAUUGAAGUCAUCAAAUGGGUUUAA